AUGACGGCUUGCAGACUGCCCUCCUCUAACGGGGGUUUGGGACCCCCGCCCUUCUAUAGCCCAGUGGUAAACCCUUCCUCAGUGGUCCCCUUGAGAAGGCCAACAUCCGGGGGGUUAAUGCAUCUGAAAGAGAAGUCGAAGCCCCCCAAAAUUACGGAGCACCCUCCGGCCGAGACAGCUGAUCACGUGACCCUUACGAGCGGCACUUACUUCGGAGAAAAUAUCGGCUGUUGCCGUGCAGGGAGCCUGGCCAGGCGUUCAUCAGGGCAGGUAAUGCGUAGGGAAAGCGGCGGCGGCGGUGGCGGUGAUAGCGGCUAUGGCGGCGGCGGUGAUAGCGGCUAUGGCGGCGGCGGUGAUAGCGGCUAUGGCGGCGGGAGUUGUGAUGGCUUUAGCGGUAAUGAGGGCGGUGGUACUGGUAUCUUGGGUAGCGGCGGCGGCGGUGGAAACGAUAUCGGUUGUAGCGGUGGCAGCGGCAGUAGCGGCGGAGGUGCCAGGGAGAGACUCGAGAUGCGCGAAAGCAACGGGUUUCUCUGUGGACAAGUAACACUUAGCGAUUUCAUACUGCGAAUUCUGUGGCCAAAGUUCCUUUAA